CCUCAGGCCUGUCCGCCGUGGUUUGUUGAGCUGGUUCUCCGCGCCACCCGUGACAGAUUUUCCGCGAUGCCAGCCGCUUAGCGCCUGCGCAGACUGCGGGCGUCCGUCAGCAUGACAACGACCGCUGGGGGACCUGGAUCUUGGAGUGAAAAUAUACUACAGUAUUUUCUGAGAAAUAACCAGAUCACUACAGAAGAUGGUGCCCAGAUCACCUGGUAUCAUGCAGCUAACCACAAGGCACAAAUGAAUGAGGCACUGAAAAGUUCUGCUCACAUGAUAGAGGCUGAUGUCCUUCUUCCGAGUAAUGGAUCAGACCAUGGCCAACCAAUCAUGGCCCAUCCUCCUGAAUCAAGCAGUGAUAAUACUCUACAGGAAUGGCUGACUGAAGUUAUGAAAAGCAAUAAAGGCAUCAAACUAGAUUUCAAGAGUCUGGCAGCUGUAGAACCAUCGAUGAUGCUUUUGGAAAAUGUGAAGAGGCAUCUGAAGCGUCCCGUGUGGAUUAAUGCUGAUAUUCUUCCCGGUCCAAAUGGGAAUAGCAAAGUAGUGGACGCAAAACCUUUUAUAGACACUGUGACAUCCUUCUUUCCAGAUGUGACAUUUUCCCUGGGUUGGACAACAGGAUGGUAUCCUGAGAAAGUCAAUGAAGGUUACAGUUGGACAAUGGUGAAAGAGAUGGAAUGCAUUUGUAAUGAACUAAAUCAGCCUGUGACAUUUCCUGUCAGAGCAGCAUUAGUCAGGCAGUCUUGUUCUCAGUUACUUUGGCUGUUAAAGAAAUCAAACAGGUACAGCCUGACUAUUUGGACUGGAAAAAAUGAUAACUAUUCUGUUGAAGAUUUACUUUGUAUUAGAGAACAUUUUGACAAAAACCAAGUUUUCUAUGAUAUCUUGGAACCACAAAAUCGUGAAUUUAAACAAGCCAUUGGAAUCAUUCUCUAAGAAGAAGAUUCUUCUAAAUUAUUUCAUGUUUUGGUUUCAUAAUCUUUCUCUGCUUUGGUCUGAAUUAAUUACCAAUAAAUUAUGAGGACUGAAUUAUGCUUCAAU